AUGGUCUCGUUAGGGUUCUGGGAGGUGAUUCGGCCGCUGCGUCGGCUUCUGGCCUGGAGCGGCCAGUUGCGGCCGCCUCGAAAAACCGGCCGCCUGCUGCUCUGGGUGGCCACAACGGGCAGCUUGGUGCUUUUGACGGUUCUGUCGCUGGUGCAACUGGUGAUCGAGGCGGCCGCCGAGCUCGGCUCGGCCCUCGAGAUCGUCACCAUACUGACCACCUUUGUGGAGAGCUGCUUUAGGGUGGCCUACCUUUCAGGCAACCACAAGAAUUUAUUCAAGCUGAUGAUAAAAUGCCAAACUUUUCCAGUUUCAACUUUGAGUUUUACGCAAUCGGAGAACACUUUGAAGGCGAAAGUGGGCAAACGAUCACGGCGCGUCAUUUACUUUUUCUACGGCUACGUCUUUUUCGUUCUCUCCGGCUACCUUUCGCUGCCCUUCUUGCCCAGGCCCGUCGCCGAAACGACUUCAGACAUCACUGCAAGCAUAGUCAGGGAAUAUCCACUCUACCUCCCCAUGUGGACCCCGUUUGGCCCAGAAGCGCUUAAAAGACCACCUUUCUAUCAGAUGGCAGUCAUUUGGCAGGCGUGGUCAUUUGUGGUUUUGGUAACAGUUUUCUGUGGCGCCGAUUGUCUCCUCUACUCUUUUGUCAUAUUUAUUCAUGAGGCCAUGCAACACUUGCAACGAACAACUCCGGGAAAACCCGCCGUCGCCAGUCCCAAAAUAGUAAAUUCGCGAUGUGAGUUCAAAGACGAGUAUGAAAUCUGGAUUCAGCAACAUCAAUUUGUUUUACAGUGA